AUAAGAGAACGCUGAAAAAGUCCCUUUAACGUAUUACACAGCGACAAAGCCCCAGGAAGCAGGCGGCAGAGAGCACACUGUGGCUCCUUUUCUUGCAGACAGAACAAUAAUUCAGUCUCGUGUUGUCUCACGGUUUUUGCUCCCACAGCAGCAGCCUCCAUCCCAGCGGUGAAGGCAGCCUCACAGCUCGUCCUUGGAUAUCCCCUGUGAAAGGUCGAACAUUCAGCAGCAAACAUGGGGUGCUUUGGUUUCCUCAAAGGCAUGAUGUUUGUUUUCAAUGGCAUCAUCUUCCUGGCAGGCGCUGCCAUCCUCGGUGUUGGGAUCUGGGUGAAGGUGGACAGCGGUUCCAUCCUCGGCUUCCUUGGGAAAAUUGACAACGCUCCAGCAGAGCUCAGUCAGGUGCUGAAUAUCGGCUACCUGUUGAUUGCAAUCGGAGCGCUGCUGGUCAUCAUCGGCUUCCUGGGCUGCUGUGGAGCCGUCAAGGAGAGCAGAUGUAUGCUGCUGCUGUUUUUCAUUAUAGUCCUGCUAGUCUUCAUAGCGGAGGUUGCUGGAGCUGUGGUGAUUCUGGUUUUCAGGCCACUGGCAGAUGAACUGUUUAUGAAAGUUGGCACAGCUGCAGUUCAGAACAUCAGAAAGGAUUAUGGGAAAAAUCCUGAUGUGACCGGACUGUGGAAUACUACAAUGAGCAUGUUAAAAUGUUGUGGAUUCUACAAUGCGUCAGACUUUAUUGGCUCUCCAUAUUAUGUGAAAAACCACAAUAAAUACCCACCGCUGUGCUGUCCAGGCUCAGAAAACCCGUGUAAUCAAACUUACAACAGCACGACAAUCGCUGGUUGCUUCCCAAAGGUCAAGCAGCUGGUUGAUGAGAACACGGUGGUUAUCGUGGGUGUGGCGCUGGGGAUUGCAGCUCUGGAGAUCUGUGCAAUGGUCGUCUCGAUGGGCCUUUACUGCAGAAUAAAAUCCACGAUGGCCUAAAUGCAACUUUAAUCACUGGAGUCUUUCUACUUCCUGUAUCUCCUCAUGUCAGGUCUCGUGCAAUCAGAAUUACUGAAUGACAUAACAAAUCUAUUUUUGCUACAUUUAAAUCUAAUAGAUGCCACUUAUGAAUGUAUCUUAUCUAUUUCUAAAGAACACUUCUCUUUAUAAACCCGGCUACACACACAGUGUUCGUCACCAGUGGUUUUUCUACAGUCCUGGUCACCACUGUUGGCAUCCUUUCAUUUUUUGAAUAACCUGUACAAUAUCUUCAGAAAUAAAUGGAAAUGUAACAAAUUUAUUUUAACUGAAUUUUUAAAUUGGAUGUCCAAAGUAAUUUAACCUUCCUGUUGUCUUCAUUCACGGGCACCAAAAAAUAUUGUUUCCUUGUCUGAAAAAAUACAAAAAUUCAGCAAAAAAAUUCACCAAAUUUCUGAAAAUUUGCAAAAGGUUCAGAAAAUUCCAAUAAUUCCUUAAAAGUUUCCCUUAAAAGUUUUAUUUUUAAAAAAUGCCCCAAAUUUGGCAAGAAAAUUCUUGUAAAUAUUUUCAAAAAAUGAGAAAAAUUUUCCACAAAAAUGCUAAAAAUAUCUAGUGAAUACAUUUAUAUCAGUAAAACUUAUUAUGUUUUCUUUAAGAACAUUCACAAAAAAAAAAAUCAACCGAAAUCCAGCGAUUUUUUUUGGUGAAAGUUCUUAAAGAAACUUUUUUUACUACUACAGUAUCAAACAUGAGAUGUCUGUAGACUAAAGCUGCUUCACUAGAUUCACAUUCUCAGGAGAUAUUCUACAUUAUGCAUUUAAAUCUCAUGGGUGCCAACGAUGGUGACCAGGACUGUAACUGUAAAGGAGUGUUGCUGUCUUUAACACACGGCCAGCUAAUGCGGAAUUACAUGACAUCAUUGUAAUAAUGAAACGAAAAGCUGGCGUCGAUGUAGGCGACCGGAACCACGACUGUGAAUGUUUUUGUCAGGAUACAGCUUGUAAAUUAGCAACAGAAGUGAUGCAUUAUUUGUUUGUAAGAUGUCUGUAAAUUGAUUGGUUUUGAAAUAAAGUCCAGAUUUUCAGGUUCA